AGCGCGGGGAGAACCUGCCUCGGUGACAACAGCGGCUGUUUGAUGGCGGUUGUCGGGCGGCCGCGGCCCCGCCGGCUCGGGGUGCUGGGCGGGUUGCGCUGCCCCUAAGGAGGCGCCGCGUCCCUGCGCCAUGGGGAGGCCGAGCGGCAGCGGGCGGCUACACUGAGGCGGCGGCAUCGAGCGGCGCUUUCGAGGGGAAACCCCACUCCGGGACCCGCAAGGCCGGGGGGAUGUUACGGUGGAUCCGCCAGCAGCUGGGUUUUGACCCACCACAUCAAAGUGAUACGCGAACUAUUUAUAUAGCAAAUCGUUUCCCCCAGAAUGGCCAUUAUGUUCCUCAGAAAUUUGCAGACAACAGAAUCAUAUCAUCUAAGUAUACAGUGUGGAAUUUUAUUCCGAAAAAUUUAUUUGAGCAGUUCAGAAGAGUAGCCAAUUUUUAUUUUCUUAUUAUAUUUUUGGUUCAGCUUAUGAUAGAUACACCUACCAGUCCUAUUACAAGCGGAUUGCCAUUAUUCUUUGUCAUAACUGUAACAGCCAUAAAACAGGGUUAUGAAGACUGGUUACGACAUAAAGCAGACAAUGAAGUAAAUGGAGCUCCAGUUUAUGUUGUUCGAAGUGGUGGCCUUGUUAAAACUAGAUCAAAAAACAUUAGGGUGGGUGAUAUUGUCAGAGUAGCCAAAGAUGAGACUUUCCCUGUUGACCUUGUACUUCUGUCCUCUGAUAGAGUGGAUGGUUCGUGUCAUGUUACUACUGCUAGCUUGGAUGGAGAAACUAAUCUUAAGACUCAUGUUGCAGUCCCAGAAACAGCAGUAUUACAGUCAGUUGCCAACCUGGACACACUCGUAGCUGUUGUAGAAUGUCAGCAGCCAGAAGCAGACCUAUACAGAUUUGUUGGAAGAAUAACUAUAAGUCAUCAAAUUGAGGAAAUUGUACGACCUCUUGGGCCUGAAAGUCUUUUACUUCGAGGAGCAAGAUUAAAAAACACAAAAGAAAUUUUUGGUGUUGCUGUGUAUACGGGUAUGGAGACAAAGAUGGCAUUAAAUUACAAGAGUAAAUCUCAGAAACGAUCAGCAGUAGAAAAGUCUAUGAACUCAUUUUUGAUUAUCUAUCUAAUAAUCCUCCUUUUUGAAGCAAUCCUGAGUACAAUCUUAAAAUAUGCCUGGCAAGCUGAAGAAAAAUGGGAUGAACCUUGGUAUGACCAGAAAACUGAACAUGAAAGAAACAGCAGUAAGAUUCUGAGAUUUAUUUCAGAUUUUCUUGCUUUUCUGGUACUUUACAAUUUUAUCAUCCCUAUUUCACUUUAUGUGACUGUUGAGAUGCAGAAAUUUCUUGGAUCUUUUUUUAUUGGCUGGGAUCUUGACCUCUAUCAUGAAGAAACAAACCAGAGAGCACAAGUAAAUACUUCAGAUCUCAAUGAGGAGUUGGGACAGGUGGAGUAUGUGUUUACAGAUAAAACUGGUACAUUAACUGAAAAUGAAAUGCAGUUUCGGGAAUGCUCUAUUAAUGGCAUCAAAUACCAAGAGAUCAAUGGCAAACUAGUUCCAGAGGGAUUGACUGAGGAUUCCCCAGAUGGAAUUAGACAGAGUCUUAUGAAAGAGGAAGAGCUCUUCUUGAAAGCAGUCUGUCUCUGUCACACGGUGCAUAUCAGUGCAGAUCAAACUGAUGGCAUUGGUGAUGGGCACUGGCAUGCCAAUGGAAUAGUGUCUCAGCUGGAGUACUAUGCUUCCUCACCAGAUGAGAAGGCUUUAGUUGAAGCUGCUAGCAGAGUUGGUGUUGUAUUUACUGGAACUAAUGGGGAAGGUAUGGAAGUGAAAAGCCUUGGAAAACCAGAAAGGUAUAAAUUACUUCAUGUUUUGGAGUUUGAUCCAAAUCGUAGACGAAUGAGUGUCAUUGUAGAGAGUCCUUCUGGAGAAAAGCUCUUAUUCACAAAAGGGGCAGAAUCAUCCAUUCUUCCUCACAGUAGAGGUGGAGAAAUAGACAAAACAAGGAUUCACGUAGAUGAAUUUGCUUUGAAAGGGUUAAGAACUUUAUGUGUAGCCUAUAGAAGAUUCACAGCUGAGGAGUAUCAGGAAAUAGACAGACGCCUUCAUGAGGCUAGAACUGCCUUACAUCAACGAGAAGAACAACUGGCAGAUGUAUUCAACUUCAUAGAAAAGGAUCUGGAAUUACUUGGGGCUACAGGAGUAGAGGACAAACUCCAAGAUAAAGUCCAAGAAACUAUAGAGGCACUCAGAUUGGCUGGUAUCAAAGUGUGGGUGCUUACUGGAGAUAAGCAUGAAACAGCUGUUAGUGUGAGUUUAUCAUGUGGACACUUCCAUAGAACCAUGAACAUCCUUGAACUUGUACAACACAAAUCAGACAGUACAUGUGCAGAGCAGCUAAGGCAGCUAGCCAGGAGAAUAAAGGAUGAUCAUGUAAUCCAGCAUGGGCUGGUUGUGGAUGGCACCAGCCUCUCUCUUGCACUCAGGGAACAUGAAAAACUGUUCAUGGAAGUCUGUAGAAAUUGUUCUGCGGUGCUGUGUUGCCGCAUGGCACCCCUGCAAAAAGCAAAGGUAGUACGACUGUUAAAAACAUCUCCAGAGAAACCUAUAACAUUAGCCAUUGGUGAUGGGGCUAAUGAUGUAAGCAUGAUACAAGAAGCGCAUGUUGGCAUAGGAAUUAUGGGGAAGGAAGGAAGGCAAGCUGUAAGAAACAGUGACUAUGCAAUAGCAAGGUUUAAAUUCCUCUCCAAGUUGCUUCUUGUUCAUGGUCACUUUUACUAUAUUAGGAUAGCAACCCUUGUACAGUACUUUUUUUAUAAGAAUGUAUGCUUUAUUACACCACAAUUUUUAUAUCAGUUCUUUUGUUUGUUUUCACAACAAACGCUCUAUGACAGUGUGUACCUGACUUUAUACAACAUUAGUUUCACUUCUUUGCCUGUUCUGAUGUACAGUCUUUUUGAACAGCACGUUCACCCUCAUGUGUUACAGAGCAAGCCAGCACUCUAUAGAGACAUUAGGAAAAAUGCGCUCUUGGGCUUUAAACCGUUUCUUUACUGGACCAUUUUGGGGUUCUCUCAUGCAUUUGUUUUCUUCUACGGCUCGUAUCUUCUGAUGGGAGAAGACACUUCUCUGCUGGGAAAUGGCCAGAUGUUUGGAAACUGGACUUUCGGUACCUUGGUCUUUACUGUUAUGGUUAUAACUGUUACAGCGAAGAUGGCUUUAGAGACUCAUUUCUGGACUUGGAUAAAUCAUUUUGUUACCUGGGGCUCCAUUGUGUUUUAUUUUCUAUUUUCCUUGUUUUAUGGGGGAAUUAUCUGGCCAUUUUUGCAUACGCAGGACAUGUACUUUGUAUUUGUUCAGUUGCUGUCAAGUGGUUCUGCUUGGUUUGCCAUAAUCGUCAUAGUUGUCACUUGUUUGUUUCUUGAUGUUGUGAAGAAAGUGCUGUGCAGACAUCUACAACCAACAAGUACUGAAAAAGCUCAGCUUACUGAGACAGGUUCAGGUAUCAACUGCUUGGACUCCAUGUGCUGCUUCUCAGAUGGGGAAACAGCAUGCGCAUCUGUUAGAAGAAUGUUGGAACAACUAAUGGGAAGAUGUAGUCCAACCCGGGUCAACAGGUGUGGAAUUUCUCUCAAUAGCCUUUGCUGCAGACGAUUCUCCUAUAAACUGGAACCUGAUGAGCCUGCAGCUAUAGAUGUCUAGCAAACCAGUUGCAGGUUUUGUGUAAUUAACAGGAAAUGCUAUUCUUUAUAGUGCUUUUUGAUCCUAAAAGAUCCGUUUCUUGCUUACUGGGAGUGCUUUUGUUACAAAAAGGAAGAAAACGGUUUUUCAAGAAACAGAACUCUCUUCAAACUUUGUUUGGUCUUUCUAGUAUGAGAUCUUGUGUUGUAUAUAUGGUAUUUUCUCUGGGUUUGUACAUCCUUCUGUUUAGAAAAACAAACCUCACUGUGCUGAUUGUUCUCCUGAUCCAGCUUUUUGCCUUCAUGAAUCAAGCGCUAUUUGUAAAGUCAAAAGGCUUUUCCUUUGAUACUUAAUGUAUGUCCUCCAAAUAGUCACGGAUUAGCUUGAGUUACUUCUAAAGAUAUACAAAAGGGUCACAUUUCCCCCAGACAAUCAUUAAAAGGAAAGUCUUCAGACUUUUCAUCCAUUGGUGGUUACUAAAAUUAAAUAUUUUUGUAAUAAAACUUUUAUACUCUAUUUCUAGAAACCAGCUAAUUUACAAAACAAAGACUUCAAAUUAACUUAGUUUGAAGGAUUUUUCUGUUUGUAUCAAAAAUGUCAGCAAAAUCAUGAGUGCCAUUCAAAAAUAUGUGCUAAAUAUCUUCUUGAAUCUCCCCGUUUCCAAAAAAACUCAGAACUAGGUAACAAAUUUGGGGGUAAAAAUAAAAAACCUUUUGUAUAUCUUAGUCUGUCUUUUGCUGAAUGAUAUCAUAGUACUCCAUUAUUCAAAAGCCAAACCUGGAAAAAAAAUUGCACUUCUCACAUUUACAUGGAGUUUCCUUUAAUAUGUGAACAACUGUCUCUUUUUAAGUUAAAGGAUGUGGUAUCAUUCAUACAGAAUAAAAUCUUGUAUGGGUAAUUUAUACUGACAUGCAUUGUCAGUUCUGAUUUUACCUUUAGGUGUUGACUUGGUAUGUGGUACAUUGCAGUUUUAAAAUUCUUGUGUUAACACAGUAUCUGUGAUUCUAAUCAUCUUCUUUAUUCUGGCUUGCUUAUGAAAUUUUGUUAGUUAUUUCCAUAAAUCUAGAGUAUAAUUAUGCAAAAAUAUCCUAUUCUGUAUAAGAAGGAACUGUUUAUGAUCAAGUAAAUUUUUUAAUCAAAACUCUUGCUGUAUAGUAAGCAGGCAUGAUGUGUAAAAUAAACAGUUGAAUAGAAUUUUUAAACUACAAGAUGAGCAUUUAAUUGGUCUAAAACCAACAUUUCUGUAGUGGUUGCUUUAGCUAUAUUUUCACUUAUUGCUAUCUUCUGUAACAAAUGAAAAUGCUGCGCUGCAAAUUAGAAACUUUUAUUUUCCACGCUGCUUUCUUUGUUCUAAUGUCAUCUAAUAAGUGAUGCUGCUUUUGGCCAAAAAAUUGUUUAUUGUGCAGGAUCUCAUAAAGGUAGGUAUAAUUAUUUUUUCAUUCUGCUAGGCAUCUAGAUUUUUUACAAUUUCUUCCCUCCUCCUUCGGUGGGAUCUACUAAUAAUAAAAAUAAAAUAUCAUAUUUGACAGAAUAUAAAGCACUUUUUCAAUAUUGUGCUAUUUCUCAGGUUACUUGUGUGUUACCUCGUCAUCUUUUUUCCUAAUGACUGUACCGUCUAACUGAAUAAUUUUAAAGCCUAAAAAAGAGUUGUUAAAGUAUUAGAAUUAACAUUGCUUCAAACAAAUGAAUAUGCAAAACAAUCUAGGUGCUAGUCAAAGGGCUUUAGAAGUUCCGUUGUUGCUGCUGCAGCUCCAGUUUUUAUAUUGAAAUGGCUCUUCACAACCCUUUCAGUUUCACUUUAUUACAUUUUUGUUUUGAGUGACUCCAGCUCCUUCCCUUCAGCAUUUCUAUUUAAAAUCUAGUCUAAAAGUGGUAGGAGGAUAUAUUUACGUUCUUCCCCCUCACUUCCCUUGCAAUAGGUGAAAGUUGCUGAAUACUUUUGUUGAACGUACUAAUUAUGUAAGUCACAUAAAACAGUUACCUGAAAGUACAAUUAAGUACUUUUAAUCCCAAAAUAUAUUUACUUCUCAGUGUUAAGCUUAGAUCAGACUUGGGUACAAAUGCAAUUUAGAUUUUAUUAAAUAGCUAUUGCCUUUUAGAAGAUGCAUGCAAUCUCAAAUGUAAUAGACUAUUGUGUAAUGUUACGGCUGGUGUGAACCAACUGUUCUAUUCCAUCCCAGAGGUAGCUGCAUAUCGUUGAUGAAUUAAGUGAUACCUGUAUAUAUGUAGUUUGUAAAAGUGCUUUGUAAUCCCUUUGUAAUGAAAAACACUUUUCCAAUUCUGUUGAUAUAGAUAGCUUGUGUUUAUAUACAAUAUGUGCACCUAAUAUUCUGUCAAAUAUGAUAAUGGGAUAUGAAAUUAUUAUGCUAUCAAAUUUUGGGUGGGAGCCAUUUCUUUUGAUCUCAAGGUGUACAAAUGCUUGGAGUAGAGGGCAGCCGGCAUAAAGUACUGCAGUUCUAUUGUUUUUUAAAAUAUAAUCAAAAUACAUUUUUCAUUGUUUCAUUCAUUUAAAAUAAAAUUGAAAUAUUGCAUGUUUCUUGCAAAUUA